GGGAUGGGGGCAUGUUUACCAUGGUGUAGCAUCUCCUCUUCUUUUCAAAACAGUGUGAAGAUGUCUGGACAUUGGGGUUACGAGUUUCUGGAGUCCCAUUCUUGCCUGAUAUAGGUUUCCAGCUGCUGAAGAGUUCAUGGUCAUCUCAUCUUUAACAUAUUUUUCUCUAUAGGUGAAAGAUCUGGACUGCAGGCAGGCACCCGGACUCUUCUACGACGAAGCCAUGCUGUUGUAGUAGCUGAAGUAUGUGAUUUUGCAUUGUCCUGCUGAAAUACACAAGGCCUUCCCUGAAAUAGAUGUCGUCUGGAGGGGAGCAUAUGUUGCUCUAAAACCUUUAUAUACCUUUCAGCAUUCAUAGUGCCUUCCAAAACAUGUAAGCUGCCCAUACCGUAUGCACUUAUGCACCCCCAUACCAUCAGAGAUGCUGGCUUUUGAACUGAGCGCUGAUAACACGCUGGAAGGUCUCCCUCCUCUUUAGCCCGAAGAAUACAGCGUCCGUGAUUUCCAACAAGAGUGUCAAAUUUGGACUCGUCUGACCAUAGAACACUUUUCCACUUGAAACAGUCCAUUUUAAAUGAGCCUUGGCCCACAGGACACGAUGGCGCUUCUGGACCAUGUUCACAUAUGGCUUCCUUUUUUCAUGAUAGAGAUUUAGUUGGCAUCUGCAGAUGGCACGGCGGAUUGUGUUUACCGACAGUGGUUUCUGGAAGUAUUCCUGGGCCCAUUUAGUAAUGUCAUUGACACAAUCAUGCCGAUGAGUGAUGCAGUGUCGUCUGAGGGCCCAAAGACCACGGGUAUCCGAUAAAGGUCUUCGGCCUUGUCCCUUACGCACAGAGAUUUCUCCAGUUUCUCUGAAUCUUUUGAUGAUGUUAUGCACUGUAGAUGAUGAGAUUUGGCAAAGCCUUUGCAAUUUAACAUUGAGGAACACUGUUUGCAUGCCCAUCUUUACUUCUGAGAAACUCUGUCUCUCUAAGACAUCCCUUUUAUACCUAAUCAUGUUACAGACCUGAUAUCAAUUAACCUAAUUAGUUGCUAGAUGUUCUCCCAGCUGAAUCUUUUCAAAAUUUCUUGCUUUUUCAGUCAUUUGUUGCCCCCGUGCCAACUUUUCUGAGACCUGUAGCAGGCAUCAAAUUUGAAAUGAGCUCAUUUAGUGGAUAAAAGUGUAAAAUUUCUCCGUUUAAAAAUUUGUUAUGUUAUCUAUGUUCUAUUGUGAAUAAAAUAUUGGCUCAUGUGAUUUGAAAGUCUUUUAGUUUUCAUUUUAUUCAAAUUUAAAAAACGUCCCAACAUUUCCGUAAUUCGGGUUGUACAUAUACAUAUAGUAUCUAUGGUAGCAACUGCAUAGCAACACUCUUUUGACUUAGCUAGUUAGAAAACACAUAGCAACACACCAAAAACCACUCAGCCACCAACACCAACAAUAGCAACACCCUAGCAUUGUGGCUCUUUUGACUUGUUUCAGUAAGCAAACACCUAGAAACCUCAUGGCAAUUCACUAGAAAAAAUGCAAAUGCUAUAAUACAAUCAAAAUCGCAAUUGUGCAGCAAUUCCUUAACAUCACAACUAAAAAUCACCCAGAACGGCAACAGCGUAGCAAUUUUGACUCAGACCUUAUAGCAACCACUCAGAACACCCUAGCAACCACAUAGCGACUUUAGAAACUGCAAAAAACCUCUGUUCUGCAUGUGCAAACAGUUUCAACAGCCAAUCGGUAAUUAGGGGUGCUAUUAAUUUUAAUUCACUCAGGAUUACUUAGAAAAGUGUUAAAUUUCACAUCUGUGCAUGUGGCGAUAAAACCUUUAGGUUGUCACACCACAGGAAUGCAACACUCCAAUUACGCAGUACGCAGGAUUGUGUUUCCUCCACAAAACUGACAUACCCUCGUUUUAUCUGUACAGAGGGACAGAGAGACGCAAGACAAAGCAGCCAGAGGGGAGGGAGGAGGGCAAGAGAUGUUUUGAAUCCCAAAGGAGAAAGAAAGUGUAUUUUGUGGAUAAAGGGCCGUGUGUUUGUGUGGAUCUGUGGGUGUGUGGUUGUGCGUCAGAGGGAGGUGUGUUGUGGUACGAUCAGCUGUGGCGAGAUGUGGACAGUCACUCCGGCUCUGUUGCAGCGGGGGCCACAUUACACCGGCUUCUCCUGAGUUGUGCUUCUCUUCAAAGCUCAAAUACAGAUCCGACUAUGAGCCCACAGAGGAAACAGGAGACGCCUAAAAAAUGACAGAACGACAGAUGGCUUCUACUGAAAGGAGCCUACGUAUCCAGGCUGAUGACAACCUGAAGUCCAUGAUCGUCGGCACAGUGAUGAGAAAAAUCAAGUCUCGCACAUGGAAAAAGCAGCGUUAUUUCCGGCUACAAGAAGACUGCAUGACUAUCUGGUACAAGAGCAAGAAAGCUGGAAAUGCCCACUCCACCUUUUCUGUGGGUGAUGUGGAGGCCGUGCGGGAAGGGCACCAAUCUGAGGUUCUGCUUAGCAUUGCUGACGAGUUCCCACCUGACCGCUGCUUCACCCUUGUGUUUCGUGGUCGACGUGGCAACUUAGACCUAGUGGCCGAAUCAGCAGAGGAGGCACAAUCAUGGAUAAAAGGGAUACGCAAACUCAUCGAUAACCUGGAGAACAUGGGGCAGAGAGAGAAACUAGACCAAUGGAUCUGUGAUUGGUUCAAAAAGGCAGACAAAAACAGAGAUGGGCGGAUGAACUUUAAGGAGGUCAGAGAUCUGUUGAAGAUGAUGAACGUGGACAUGAAUGAGCAUCACGCUCUCCGUCUCUUUACGAUGGCGGACAAGUCUCAGUCAGGUACUCUUGAAGACGAUGAGUUUGUGCUGUUCUAUAAGAUGCUGACUCAGCGUGAAGACGUCCUGCGAGUGUUUCAGGAAUAUUCAAGUGAUGGGCAGAAGCUAACGCUUCAAGAUCUGAAAGAUUUCCUGCGGGAGGAGCAGCUACACGAGGAUGGAGUUCAGCAGUAUGCGCUCAAUCUCAUUGAACGCUAUGAACCUUCAGACACGGCAAAAAUGUUGCAAGCAAUGACAUUUGAUGGUUUCCUGAUGUACCUGAGCUCAUCAGAGGGCUCCAUCUUCAACCCUACCAUGGUGGAACUAUUCCAGGACAUGUCUCAGCCUCUCUGCCAUUACUUCAUAUCAUCUUCUCAUAACACAUACCUUCUGGAGGACCAAAUCAGAGGACAUAGCAGUGUGGAAGGCUAUAUACGAGCACUGAAACGUGGCUGUCGAUGUGUAGAAGUGGACUGCUGGGAUGGACCAAAUGGAGAACCAAUCGUCUACCAUGGACACACACUGACCUCCAAGAUCUUCUUCAAGGAUGUAGUCACUGUGCUGAGCAACUAUGCCUUUAAAGCAUCGCAGUACCCUGUCAUCCUGUCCAUUGAGAACCACUGCAGUGUAGAGCAGCAGAAAGUCAUGGCCCAACACCUCACCCAGAUCCUGGGAGACAAGCUGCUGAAAAGCACUUUAGAUGGAAAGAUUCCCAUCAGCCUCCCGUCCCCCAAGGAUCUGAAAGGGAAGAUUCUGUUGAAAGGAAAGAAGAUAGGAGGCUUAGAGGAUAGCAUGAAUGGGGUGGUGGAUGACCCUUUGACAGGAGAGGUGAGCGAUGAAGAGGAGACUGCUGAAAUUGAUGAUGACCAUCGUCGCAACGACAGCAUACGGCAUAGAGGCAAGAAAUCCAAGCAGCGUCUGUCUAAAGAGCUGUCCGACUGUGUGGUUUAUUGCAAGAGUGUCCACUUUAGCAGCUUUAAACAUUCACGAAUUCACUCCAAGUUUUACGAGAUCUCCUCCUUCACGGAGUCUAAGGCCCGAAAACACAUAAGGGAGGCAGGAGCGGAGUUUGUUCUCCAUAACGCUCGUCAGUUGAGCCGGGUUUACCCCAGUGGUUUGAGAACUGACUCAUCCAACUUCAACCCACAGGACAUGUGGAACGCAGGGUGCCAAAUUGUUGCUCUGAACUUUCAGACUGCAGGGGUUGAGAUGGAUCUAAACGACGGCUUAUUCAGUCAGAAUGGACGUUGUGGCUACGUACUGAAACCAGCGUUCAUGCGCAACAUUGACGAGAGGUUUGACCCAGAAAACCCCCAAAACCGAGAUGAUUACAAUCCGCUUAGCCUGUCUAUACAGGUCAUCAGCGGGCAACAGCUUCCCAAGGUAAACAUCAAGGAGGGCUCAAUUGUUGAUCCCCUCGUUCGGGUGGAAAUUCAUGGUGUACAGCUGGACCAGGCCAAGCAGGAAACCAGAUACAUUGACAACAACGGUUUCAACCCGGUAUGGUACGACACACUUCAGUUCACCGUUCACGCCCCUGAGUUGGCGCUGGUUCGGUUUGUCGUGGAAGACUAUGAUAAAACAUCAAAGAACGACUUUGUGGGACAGUUCACUCUUCCUUUCACCUGUAUUCAACAAGGAUAUCGUCACAUCCAUCUCCUGUCUAAGGACGGCACCAGCAUACCUCCUUCCUCGCUUUUUGUUCACAUCCGGAUAACUAAACUAACGUAAAGCAAAGAGACUGAAUUUAAUGGUGUCUUACAUUGACACGUGCACAAAAGGAGCAAAAAUGCAACAAUUUCAAGUCUUCCCAGUCAACAUUUGUUUGCAGAAUGCUAACAUAUUAUUUAUACUUAUUAUAAUAAUUUAGAAAAUGAAUUCAAAUGUAACAAUUCACACUUUUAAGGUAAAGUUGUGUUGCUAUAGGUUUAGUUAAUUUAUACGCCAAAUAAUUUUAUAGUUAUUUUAUUUACUUUAAACGUUUGUUAUUAAGAUUUGUGUGAUUGUAGGGAGCUGUCUAAGUUCAACUUCAAUGAGAUACAUGUCCAGGUUGUAUUUUAACCUCAAAAUCAAAAGAAAAACAACAAGAUAAUGAAGCCUAUUUUGGUUUGUUUUAAGGACUAAAAUGUAGUUGCUAAAUUUAGUUAAUGACCCAGAUAUUUCAAAUGAGAUUCCCCCGCUGUUAUUGUUACCAUGCAUGGCAAGUCUUUAUCUUGCUUUGUGUAUUUUAGAUAUAUUUUAACAGAAAAGGUUUUGUUUCUUAGUCCACUCCAUUUCAGUAGUACUUACAGUGGUGUGUGUGUUAACUGCUCCUUUGGAAUAAAGUACAGAGAUAAUGGGCACAAGGGCUCAAUUACAAUUUUCCUUUGGCCCUGAAGCCAGACUCAGUUACACACAGAUACAGAAGGCAGUGAAAAUUACCCCGUCUGUUCCCACCUCCACCUACCUGGAUACAGUAUACUACUGUAUACAUUUCAAAACACAUAUACUCUUGAAUGCAUCACCUUUCACCUAUGUAUAAGAGAAAUUAAAGUAGAUUAUUCUGAAUAAUGUUAAGUCAUUUGUUAAAUCAAAUGUAUGCUGCUGGACUAAUAGUGUUAAUUUUUGUAUUUCUAAGCUUUGUAUGAGGCGGAUCUAUAUACUGUUUUUGUAACAUUGCUCAGUAACUAACUGUAAACUGUCUGUUUUGCUUGUAUAUAUGUAUGUAUGUAUUUAUUUAUUUGCCAUAUUCAUCAAAGAAUAAAGAUCAUUUUAAAAGGA